AUGGCGUCCUGGGUGGCGUUGGACGUAUGUGGCGGUGACGUCAGAGACAACAGAUUGGCACAGCAGCGAGCUACAGAAGAAGCGCAGGAUGCAAACAAUGUAGUACUGUACGAGCAGGCACUGCGCUGCCAGCAGCGUCAGCAGAGCCUUCAGGCCAAGACCGGGUACUUGCAGUUACUUAAGGGCGACUUCAGACUCAGUCUACGUCUGCAAUAUUUGUGUUAUAAAAACCUCGCGACAAUGACAUUCGAGGCGCAAUCAUUUGAAGACGCUCUGGAAUACUUUGCUUCGGCAUUGGCACUGGAUGCAACGGACGUGGUCGUGUGGUAUCAGAUGGCCACGACGGCCGUGGAGACUGGUAAAUUAUGGCUGGCACGAAGACUAUUGGAAGAAGGUUUAAAAGUAGACGCUAAGUACUGGCCACUGGUGGAGACGCUGGCUCUGGUGCUGCACCAAGUGGGAGACAAAGACGCGUAUGAACAUGUAGCCAAGUAUCUUGGAGAUCAAGACCCUCAGUGCACGUCGGUGCACCUUAUUGACAAGAUGACGACAUUGUCAAAAAUGAGGCUGCGGUCAAAAAUGAAGCCAUUGUCAGGAACGAAGAGGUCGUGUAACAGGAGGCCGGUGUUAAAAACAAUGAGAGAGGAAAAGCUGCUGAAGCGAGCGAGAAAGAGAUUGCGACAUUUUCAAGAAAUUGAAGAGAGAGAAAAAAAACGACGAAAGCAAAUGCAGAAGGAAAAAGAAGACGAGAGCAAAAGCAGAUGGCGAGUUAGGAGAUAUAUUUUACUGCAGGCUUCGUGGACGGAAUUGGGCAAAUUGUUGUUGGAAGCUUUUGAAGAUAUAAAUAGAGAUGACGAAGUUGAUGUGAUGCGGACGCAGGUGCAGAUUCAAGUAGGAUAUGACGAAGAGACAGAGACUAGAGAAAAGAGAGAGGACGAGAAGGUGGAAGUGGACCAGACGAGCGACCAUUUGCCGCCAAUAAAGAUAGAGAAGGUAAAGGAGCUGCUGAAGCUCUCUCCUGACCUUGAGACAGUGCUGAUGAAUGGCAUUUCGGAUAACGACACACAGGACAGUAGCAGUCAUGCACGAGAAGAGAUGAAGAGUCAGCCGAGAAGACGAAAGUCACGUCGGCACGAGGAACGACUGAGAGAAGAGCAUGCUGCAGCAGUCAAGAAAGCGCGAGAGCAGGACUUGGCAUACCAAUUGGGAGCUUUUCUUCCAAUGAAUGCUGGUAAUGAAAACAUGAAGACGACGCUGACAUUAGUCUCCAUGGAAUGGCCGCCGCCGUUAAAUGUUGAGCUCACAGACGAUGAAUUCAGCAUCUCGAAUGAAAGUAAUGAGAUCUUAUUAAAAACAGCGUCGUUUCCGUUUGUGACGGCCACAGAUGUAUCUACGAGUAUCACAGAGCCAUCAUCUUCACAGCUUCUAUCAAGUGAUCAGGCUGUGCACGUGAUGGCACCUCGAGCAGAAUGCGUGACGAAAAGACAGAUUUCGUCUUUUAUCAGUGAACGUGGUGGUGAUGGUGGGAUAAUGGACUGGAUACGGCUUUACCUCAACCAAUGUGGUCACUGGUCGAACUUAAAACUAGGAAGCGAGGCUGAAGCGAUUCACAAAGUGUGCAUGUGGCUGGAAAAAACGUUAAACGGAGACCUGGAUGCUACCAAAGCAGUGACAUUUACGCAACGCAGCGUCAUUAAUGUUGCGGACCACUCGCUUAUUCAAGGUAGUCGCUUUACGGGGAAUGGAUUAUCGCUUGGUGCUCAGCUAUUCCUGCUGGAGCUUCAUUUUGAUGCGCUUCUGCAGCAGCCCGUCCGUGGGAAAAUGCAAUGCAAGAUAAGAACACAAGUGGAGAUUCAGUUGUCUAAGGCCCAAAACCUUUUGUUUUCGUUUGGUUGGCUAGAGAACUCUGAGGAUGCUUUAUGUCGUCCAACAGGAGAUGAAUUUCUGCGCUUGUUUUGGCUCAUGGCGCGCAUGUAUGAACGAUGUGGGAAACAUCAGAUGGCUCGAUACUAUUUUACUAAGUGCAGAGAGAAACUUCAAGGGUUUAAUGAAGACGACGACCAAAACAGUAAUUGCAACUGCCGAGUUGAUUUAACUAAUCAAAAAGCUGACGGUGAAAUUACAUUGGGAAUCUUGAAUGAAAAAAUAUCAGGACUGCAUUAUUCUGACGUAUGUGCUGAAGCUCGACGUCUUUUUGAAUCUGGAGACCACGAUCAUGUUGUGUCGGUUUUGUUGGGGCACUUCUUUCCCUGUAAGCAAGUGCCACGGAUGAGAGACUUCCUGAACGAGUUUGAGGUUGACGAAGAUGAACGUUCGGGGCGUGGCGAAAGCACUAAUUUUUUUGAAAUGGUGCUACAUUCACUUGGACAGAGUUCAAAAUUUUCGGACGAAGACACGACCUUGUUCUUGUUGACGACUCUAUACUAUGUGAUUGAUUUUCUGGAUGGCUUGGCUGUAGAGAAAGAGCCUACUUCAAGUGAAAACUCGCCCGAUGAAGCGUGUACAAAUGCUCUUGCCGCAUUGAUCUUCUUGCUAGGCCGGCUCACGCAAAAACAGUCUGAACAUCUUACAAACCCUGACCACAGAUUGAUGCUGCGUGGUUUGUGCGUGAAAUGCUUACAGCCAUCAAUUUUGUUUUGCUUUGACUCUCCAAACAAUGUUCUAUCAAUGAUACGUGUUGUGUUAAAAACUGAUAACGACAACACCCAUGGAUUAUGUGAUGGCGGUGACAGCUCGCAGCGAAUGAUCGGAGUGGAUGCGAUGGCUCGACUAUUGUACAUUAUUCGGUCCCUGCCGGGUGAGGAGUACCGAAAGCUGUUUACAUUGGUGCCUCAUGCGGCUAAGAAAAAACCACCGCGUCGUGAUCGUAUUCGAGUGAUAAUUGUAGAGCUCUUGCGUUUUUUGAAUCGAGCCUUUCGCGAUCACGGCGAGGAUGCUCUGUCAUAUCCGCUGCCGAAACGGUUUGCUUUAAUGGCAUUGUGCAGCAUCUUGGUGAAAGAGGAGGAAGAGAUUGUAGCGCAGAGUGAUGGCAAGACACCAAGACAGCUAUUUGGCAAUGGGGCCGUCUUAUUCUUGCAGUUGUGUGCAAGUAGUCCUCUACCGGACCCGAGUACAAUGCCGAUUCGAUUGGUCGAGUUGAUAAAUCUUCUUCACCACAGACUUGGGAAAUAUGGUAUUUGCGGCUUGACGUACUUUUCUGACACUAGUUCUGCUGCCGAUUCACGCAAAAUCUCGUGCUUUCUCGAAGCAAGUACGGUGUUAUUGAGCAAGUAUGUGCAAAAGGAAAGCAUUUGGGACGAAGAAAAACCUAUGAAAAAAUCGGAUGAGGAGAAUUAUAAAGAAGCUGAUAAGGAAGAGGGCGCGAAAGAAGGCAAGUACCUCUUCCAGAUGGAGGUUUGCCAAUGCUAUCGCUGUUUAUACGACGUGCAAAUUCUGCCUGGAUGCGAAGAUCACAAAACAGGGGCCACUUUUGCUUCACUCCAAGAUGGUAAAGUAUCUACUAAUUAUGAGGAUGCAAUGCGGUUGAUUCGCUUUGCUGUGCCGAUACUUUUGACCACAAAGGCCAAAAACAACAGCCAAAAGAAAGAACGACUUAAGUUACUAUAUGCAGUCCGAGAUGCACUCUCAGGCUCCAGUUUUUUUGCUCUCUCUGCGCAACCGGCUGCAGUUUCUCCUUUAUUAGAAGCGUACUUGGCUCCGAGAGGUCUGCUGCAGGAGAAAAUUGCACUGCCGUUGCCAUUGGAUGCUAAUGACACGACGACAGAAUCACCAGAUAAAGUUUGCUUGGGUCAUAUGUGGUAUUUGAUGGGUGCAAACUACAUUCUUGGGCGAGCAAAACGGCGAGGAAACCUGGUGGAGCUAAUGGAAUUGGAGCAGCAUAUUCGAGAGCGAGUGCAGUUUCUGAUGAAAGAUGUCUUGUACUAUCAUCCAGACCGAGUUGACUCCUGGGUGCGCUUGGGAAAGACGAUGAAGGAACUAUAUCACGCUGCUACAGAUGCGUUUGCUGCUGUGCUCGGACGGAAGCUCAGAGUUCGAGCAUUCCAGUGGUAUACAACCAAGAUACUUGCCAUGAACACAGAGCGUUCACGGGAAGAACAAGCUUAUAGUAAUCUUGACGUGUUUUCAUUCCAAAAUGUCGUUUUGGAGUGGAACCUAUUCAAGAAAAUGAAAGAGUGGCAAGGUAAAAUUGUCGACGAAAACAAAGUGGGUAGCAAGGCCUCGAAGCUGAAGGGUUGUAACGACGAAACGGAAGGAAACGAUGCCCGAUUCGAAACGCUUCGUAGCCAAGUUUCCAUCGAAGAGUAUGCCACGAUAUAUAUCGCUCAAGUAAUUGAGUUUACACGACGAUGCUUUGAUAUGGCUGCGCAGUUGGCCGAAGAGGCUAUUAAGAAACACAAUUUGAAACGACAAGGUAAGCGUGACAACGCUGACAAAAGUGUCGACAAGGAAGCAAAUACUUUUGACAAAGAGCUGGAUGAUUUACAGAACAAGAUUAUUGAGUGCAACGAAGAGUGUGGUUUGUUGCUGUAUAAUGUUUUGCAAGAGUUUAGUUUGAUGAAGGAGACAAACCUUGCCUUGUUUCCGCACGAGAUGUACUCGCGUUUAAUAAACGAUACGCUAGCAUACUUCCGACGAGGGUGGACAGUUUGCGAGUCCAAGGAAGAUGCUCAUGAAGCCCACUUUCGUCUGCAAUACAUGAUUGGCAAAACUUUGAGGAAAAGGCGUUGGUGCGAACUUCGUAAACACGAACGGUCUGAUCCAGAGGCGCUAUCAACGGCAAAAGAAAUUGCAGACAGCUUUUCUAAAGCGGAGUCAGCUCGUAACGAGGGAGACAGAGAACACGCUCUUGUUCAUGCCUUUUAUGCUCUGCAGGCGUUGCGAAUUAAGCUCACAAUCAGCGAUUCGUCAUCAGUGUCGGCGCUGCGCUUGGUUUGUCGUCAUUUCUACGAAGAGGAGAAACAAGCAGACGGUGGAAAAGGUGAUGAUGAUGAGAAUUUCGAAUUUGUGUCAACCAAAGAAGUCGACGGACAGAAGAAUGCUCAGAAAGAUGACGAUGGAAUAUGCGCUAGCCUGAAAAGUGAUGCGGUCCGUAAAUGUGUCAGUGCUGCCAAGAAGGACGACAUUCUCGCACUGUUGGCGGCUGCUGACCGAAAUGACUCGAUUCGUGAAUUGAAUGUCACUCUUGCACGAGGAUGGCUUGCACUGAACAUUAUUAUGGCACUGGAGUCAAUUCCAGACGAAGACCGGUACUUCCAUCCAUCGCGCUACGUACUGGCGCGAAUUGUGUAUUGGUUGUCGACGUUCUACUCCACACUGGAGCAGAGCGGGUAUACUUGUGACAGUGUAAUGGCUCUCGUGGAUGCUGUGCGAGCUCAUCGAGGUGAAGAACAGUUGCAAGGUCCUUCUGUCGCAGCAGCAAGGGCACUAAAGAAAAUGGCUCCAAUUUUCGACAAACGGCGGCCUCAGAUUGUGGCAAUCUGGUUUUCCGAGUACAUUCCGCCAGCUAAGAGGUAUGAAGAGUUGAAUCAGCGACAAAUGAAGUAUGAUUACUAUCGGCUGAAGUACUGGCGGUUUUACAUUGCGCUGCUUCAGGAGAAUGCAGCGUACGGAAAGUUAAAGGAGGCAGGAUCCUGGGUGCUAGCUUGCAAGGAAGACCACGAUGUGAUUAAUAUCAUGCUUAGUAUCGUGCUUCGUGCGCGUGGGAAGGUGCUCGCGUCCCAGUUUCAAGAGAUGUUGGACACUUUGGAAGGCGCUGGAGGGAUUGGAGGAUCAGGAGACGAUGCGAGUACGCAGACGCAACUGCAUGGAGAGAGUCGAUCAGUCGAUGGACUUUUCAAGCAGUUGGCCAGGACUUACACAUACUAUCUGGAAGUGUUUCAUGCUCAGCACCGACUGACACACGCAAUCGACGACUACAACUUGUUGCUGGAGAACGCCGAGCUUCCGAUGGUGGCAGUUUUCUUGGUAGGGGUAACAAAAUACCCUUCCGAGAUGAUGGUGCUGGAGAAAGAUGCAGCCAUCUUAGACGGAGUUUUCCACGCCAACGUUACUGUCAUCAAGGAAGCUCUCCGUCGGGACGACUUGCGUCCCGGUAUUUACGACGCACAAGGUCAAGAUGCGUGGAAGGCCUACACGUGCGCUGCACACUCGUUCUGUGAAGAAAAGUGGCCUGAACGUUCAGGCAAGGAGGGGAAACUUUUCAAAAAGUCAUCGCGGCCAAAAGCUGCUAAUGCUGCUGCUGCAGUUACUUGUGUUCUUACCAACACCACUGAUAUACGUCAAUCAACAACGAAUGGAUGA